UCAUGAUAUACGGAGUACAUAUAUAACGACCUAAACGCCGUUCCAGCCCAGAAACAACUCUUUUCCAAUUUGGACCAUGAAACAAACGUCGUACACGCCGCCGCGUUGCGAGAAUAACUCCGGCACUACCUCGAGCGACGGCUCAUCCAAUUCCACCGGCGGUGACAGCGAUUACGCCCUCCUGGUGGCGGAGAAUGCGAUCAUCGUGUUCGGCAGGCGCGGCUGCUGCAUGUGCUACGUCAUGCAGCGGCUGCUCUUAGGGCUCGGCGCCAACCCCACCAUUUACGACGUCGAUGAGGAGGACGAGGUUGCCGUCACCAACCAGCUUUCCCAGAUUAUCAGCUGCACUGGAGAUCCCUCCGCCCAGCUGCCGCCUUUUCCGGUUGCUUUCAUCGGUGGGAAGCUUUUUGGUGACUUGGAUAAGGUUAUGGUGGCUCAUAUCUCCGGCGAUUUGGUGCCUCUGCUUAGAAAAGCGGGUGCCCUUUGGCUUUGACCUACAUCUCACACUCUACGUUUUCUCGUUUUCCUUUACAUUUUUUUAAAGGUCCCUUUGAUUUGUUAAAUAACAACAAAUAUCUUUAUGUACUCGACAUAUAUUUACUUGGGGAGUAAAUAUAAUCCUUUAUUUGCCCCAUUAAAUCAUUUGCAUUUUGUAUAUAUAUCAAUGUAAUGUUCGCCGUUUUUGUUGCAACAAAGCUACUUUGAAUGCAACCAACUCAAUUUAUAGCAAUAUUAUUCGAU